GUUAAAAUUCACUUCUAAAACCUAGAGUAGAGAGGAAGAAAGAAGAGAACGCUAGCACGUUCCCAGCGAUCGAUCCAAUCACGUGCGUGUGGAUACCGGUAGAGCUCGGGAUCGUUUUGUCGGACUGUCUCACAUCCUUGAUUAAGAUUGCUAUUUAAAGGUUGGAAGCAUAUAGUUUGUUAAGCGGAAGGGUAGGGGCGGCGCUUCGUCCGCAGGUUUGCAGUGCUGCUUCUCUCGUCGGGCAAAGUGGCAAAGCAGGUUGGCUAAGGGCUUCGGCCGAAUUGAUUCCUCAGUCGGCAACAACACGCAAGGCGUGGUGAUGAAAGGCAACCAAAGGAAGGCGAUAGAGGUUUUGACUCAAGUUUAUGGAAGGAUGGAGAUGAAUGAACAUGAUGAAGUCAAGGACAAUCCGCGGGACUAUGAUCGGUUGGACUCGAAGGUAGAUGUCGAAAGGUUAUUGGUUCGUCCCCCUCCAGAACCGCCGCCAGAGAAGGAACGAACGGCAAGGGUUUGGAGGCUUCUUUUGAUUAGUACUUUUGCUUGUUUCGUUUGUUAUUUCAUUAUCCAGGACGUACGGAAUAAUUCUUGCUUUGUGGACAUUAAGCGUAGGUCCUUUGGUUAUUUUUUCAUUAUUCAGGUUAGGUUUGUGCGUGGAAGCGAUAAGGCUUGUACGGUCGCUAAAAGCUUCGAAACUCUCACAUGGUCAGCGAAUAGUCUCGCUCUUUUUAUGGUGGUCUAUUCUGUGUCUAGUCAGAGAGUGGGAGAGACGUUUGACUAUGCGGAGCCUCAUAGGAAGGUUUGGCGUUUCUUGAUUGUGGGGUUGUUGUUAUCAUUGAUUACUACGGAGUAUAAUAUAAUUAGUUUCCUUUAUACUCCCUCCAUUUCUGAAACAAGUUCCACAUUUGACUUCACACAUACUAAGAAAAUAAAUUUGACUUUACUGUGGAGUGCACUGUUUGGCACUGUUUGACAUUGUUUGAACAAUGUUUGACACUGUUUUAAUGUAGAUAAUUUGCCAAAUAAGGAAAUGUUUGAAAGUGGAACUUAAUUUUGAAUAUGCCCGAAAAGGAAAAGUGGA